AUGUGGUCGACCGCGUCGAGAAGGACGACCAACUCACUGUUCUCCUCGUUCUUCUUCCAUAAUGCCCAAUGGCUUUCUCAAAGGACUUCAAUAACGCGCAAUCCUGGCUCCUUAAAGCUUGUGGUGCAUCCAGAAGUUCAAGCUGUUCCUCGCUCUGCAUUUAAGGAAGUACCGGCCCUCACAACAGGACGACUGCUGAAGGUCUAUUCUCAGUUGUCGAAAUCACGCCUCAGCAUUCUUGUUAUACUCACCUCGAUGUCUGGAGUCGCUCUCUCACCACUGCCGACUUCUCUUCCGACAUUACUGGCAACCGCCAUCGGGACAGCGCUCUGCUCUGCCUCCGCGAACACCCUAAAUCAAUUACAAGAGGUUCCUUUCGACGCACAAAUGGCCAGGACCCGGAACAGACCUUUUGUUGCCCGGAUAAUAAGUCCUCUACAUGGUGCAGGUUUUGCAGUCGCUUCAGGCGUUGUUGGACCGGUUCUUUUAUGGACAAUGACCAAUCCUACAACAGCCAUUUUAGGCGUAUCGAAUAUCGUGCUGUACGCGGGAGUUUAUACUUGGAUGAAAAGAAAGAGCUACUACAACACAUGGGUUGGUGCAGUCGUCGGAGCGAUUCCUCCAGUCAUGGGUUGGACUGCAUGUGGGGGCCAUAUUGUUCCAUCCGUGUCGCACCCGAUUCAAUUAUUCCCCCCUCCCUUCCUAGCAUCCUUUCCAACUGCUCCUCUCGACCUGUCAUUGAUGGACAACCCUCUUGCCCCCUUCGCACUCUUCAUGCUGCUCUACAGUUGGCAGUUUCCCCAUUUCAAUCCGUUGGCGUAUUUGGUUCGCGGAUCCUACGCGCAAGCGGGUUAUAGCAUGCUUCCCGUGCUCGAUCCACGAAAAAAUGCCCUUGUGUCGUUGCGACACGCCCUUCUCCUCGUACCCAUAUGUACGAUACUUACACCACUUUCCGGUCUCACGACUUGGUUGUUCGCUGCCACCAGUCUAUUACCAAAUGUGGUCAUUGUUCGUGCCGCCUGGACUUUUUGGAAGAAGGGCGGAGAAAAGGAGGCGAGGAUCCUCUUCCGACAUAUGUUGUGGUAUCUUCCAGUUGUUCUCGGGCUGAUGAUGAUACACAAGCAGGGUGUGGACUGGUUGCAAUGGACUGGAAUGGGGGACUCCGACGAGAAUACCGAAAAAACAGAACCUGAUAGAACGUCAAGUAGUAUACGAUAG